AUGAAGAACAGCGCAGAAUACACGACUCAGCGCUGUGCAAAAUCACAUAGUGGAAUAUCUAAUGUUGUUACGGUAUAAGUGUCUUCUGCUUUAUCUGUCAAGAGUGACAUAAGUUGAUACGCAAAAAUCCUAAAAUAUAGUAUUAUUAUUUUAACUCAUUAUUGAGUUGUGUCCAUUAAUAUUGAAAAUAUGGCUCACUGGUUUCACCGUAAUCCUUUAAAGGCAACUACAGUUCAAAAGUUUGAAAUCAAAGUUUCACAACCUACUGACGCUACAAAGAAAUUAUGCAGUGAUUUGAAGCUAUCAAGGAGUCGACUUUUGGACUUGAUAAGAAAUGCGAAUAAUAGUAGUGAUACGAUAGAACCUGCAUUUCUAUCAUAUCUCAGUUUACUGUAUGGAUUUAUAUGGGAGGUCGAGCCUUCCGAGGAACAAGGACAACAUGUCGGGAGGCCAAAUCCUAGCAAGCUGCGCAAUGUACUUGCAUUUAAAUGGACUCAUACAUUGCUUGGUCCUACCACACAUUCCAGUGCAGAUGCAGUUUAUGAAGCAGCUAACAUGAGCAUUAAUAUAGGAUUGUGGUUCAUGAAACAUGCUGCAAUGAUUGCUGGCAAGGAUGAUAUUAAUAUGAACGAGGCCAAGGAGAUGCACAGUAUGUUACGUCGAGCUGCAGGAAUAUUUACAUUCGUACAGACAGAGUUCUUACCACAAUUAGCUAAUCCUCCCAUGUUGGGAAGUGAUCUGGAUCCACGUGUUAUAAAUGCAUACUUGAAUCAGUGUACUGCAGAGGCACAAGAAGUUACUGUCGCCAGAGCUAUUGAACUGAAACAUAACUCAAAUUUAAUAUCCGCCCUGGCAAACGAAACUAGCAAACUCUUCUUGGAUGCUGCAAAUACACUACGUCCUUUUAAACCAGAAAUAUCAGCGCAAUGGAUUAAAUAUUUAGAACUGAAAGCUGCAUUUUAUCAGUCAUAUGCAUAUAAUUAUUGUGGUGAAAACUUAUUGUCUAUGGAUAAAUGUGGUGAGGCAAUUAAAGCUCUUCAGGAAAGUGAAGCAUGUCUGAAAAAAGCGAAGAUACUGUGUCAAGAAUAUGGCAAGACACAUGGUCCAGCUCCUCGAGUAAAACCAGAUCAGCAUGUCGUUUUCAAACGAUUAGCACCAACCGUAAAGAUCAUGCUGGAUAAAUGCAAUCGAGAAAACGGUUUAAUAUACCAUGACACUGUUCCUGGAGAAGUACCAACUCUUGAUACAAAAGCUACGUAUGGCCUAGUAAGUCCCAUAGAUUUCCAAAUGCCGGCACGUAAUUCCCUGUGGAAUUUUGGUACCUAUCGUACACUUCUUGGUAUGUCAGCAGCCAAAACUGGCAGAGAAUACGAUUUACCGCCAGUAAACGAAGAGAAAAUUCACCAGAGUAGCAAAGAGCCAACAAAUGUGAGUGGCUGCACUCUACAGUAAAUUCAGAAGACCAUAGCUUUUAUAAAUAACACAUAAAAAGCUUCUCUUACACUGCUUCAUUAAUUCGAAAUCGUCAUUGAGUUAUCAAAGAUUCGCAUUUUUAUGCUAAUUCUUAAAUUCUCGCCGUGCAGUAUAAUUUGUACUGUCAGUGUACACAGUAUAGACAGAUUAUCGUGUGCAACCAUAAAGUGCUCUUUUUAUGGUAAAUCUUACUAAAUUAAAUGAUAUUAACUAGUAUUAUUUGACCUAGUCAACAUCCAUGGAUGAAAAAAUAUUUGAAAGUUGAACUUUAUAUUGCGUUAAGACGGAGCAUCGAUUAAAGCAUUUUUACUUAUAUAUGAACGACCAUGAGAUCCAGUGCAAUUGAGAAUUUUACUAUUUAUCUUUGAAAACCUAUUAAUAUAUACAUACAUAUAUUAUCGAUUGAUAGUAUCAUUGCUACCAAUUUGAAAAGUCGAUUGAAUCAGAAAUAUUUAAUGUUUUACUAGUAUAUAUCCUAUUUAUAUACUGAACUCACUAUUCUAAAAAAAGAGAAGAAAUUCUUUUAUUUUUUAUAUAACCCCUUUAAUAUGAAUGAGAACUAAAAAGAAUUAUUGUUAAACAAAGCAAUUCUACACAAUGUAGCUAUACAAAAAAAUUGUACUCCUGAAUAUGUUCCUUAAAAUAACGACAUGCUCUGUCAUUUUAAUCCGGGACAAAUGCUAUAAUAACAUGUCAAGCUUGAAAUAUGUCGUAACACACUUGUACAACAAAACUACUUAUACACUGAAUAAUUAUAAGAGCAAAAAUAAAUAUUUAUAUAUGUCUC